UUCAAGGCUCGAUCUUCUCUCGAUCUCCUCCUACGUCCUCAAAAACAGUUAUCGACCUCGCCCUCCCCCACAUUCGCAUCCUCGCAUUCGCUGUGAGCAACUUCUCGUUCGCUGCUGACAACUACAGCUUCGUUGCAUACUUAUCAGUCAUUGUCAUCCCCUCGGCCUGUAUUUUUGUUUGUGCCGUGUGCGGAAUCUGCCGUCUAUUUUUUUCGCGCCGUCUUUUUCGCCACGAAGAAUCGCGUACCUGCAACCAUGCCUUCACCACUGCCCUCAAGUUUUGCCUCUGCCGCUGCUGGCAACAACCAGGAUUCUAGGAGAGAUGGCUCCGUUGGCGGCGAAUGGACAAGGUCCCGCAUGAACGGAGCGACGCAGACAUUCCGCCGCCCGUCCGUCGCGACGAAUCUUUCGCAUAGUCGUGAUAGCAGUCAACCUAUCUACCAAUCCCGUAAUGGUUCCGCUUCUGAUAGUCGAUAUUCCAAGGAGCAACUUCUCAAUAUCUUCAAGAACCAACGAGAUUCAGGGACUUUGGGAAAGAAUAUGGGGGACCAUUUCUUAGCAACUUGGAACCCGCUUGAAGAGACAUCGACUACAAACGGUGCUUGGAUGAAGCGAGAGGACCAAAAAGAUGCACCUUCGGGUCCGGAAGUCUGUUGGGAUCAUCUAGGGUUGCAUGGGCCGCUGGGGCUGACGGAUUUGACUGAAGACGAAAGAGAGUUGUUCACGACUACCGUUAACUCUCCACUAAAACCUCCACCGUCAAGUGCAUCGAAAGAUAAUACCAGUGCCGUGGGGGGACGUAAAUCAUCUGUUUCGCAUACCAACACCUUCAAUACCUCGUCCCCUAGCUCUGGGAGACCCCCUGUCCGACGCCGCGAAACUCAAGAUUCUACGGGUAACCCAAUGUCACCAACGAGUGGAUAUCGAUUCUUCAGAGAGGAGCCUAACACAACGACACCCCCUCCUUCCUUAUUGCGCCGCAAAACAGACAUCCGCGAUUCGAUUUCAACCAUAAAACCCGAAGAUAAAGACAGGAUAAAGGAUGCGCCCGGCCGUGAAGUUGCUGACGUCUCAUCUCCAUUUGGCUCCUUAAAACGCAGUACUACAAACCCAGUCGGGGUUGGAUUGGUGGGGGCUUCAUCUGCAUGGCCAUCAGCUUCUCAAAACGCCAAUCUUACGCCGAUGGGCGCAUUUGGCAGCUUUUCUCUCGGUGCAACCAAUUCUCAACCUAGUUCUGCAACCGAAAAACGUCCCGGUUACGGUAGUCUCCGCGGUGAAAGCAGGUUCAAAGGUCUCCUCUCGAAAGAUAGCUCAGAAGAUGUAGGAACGUUGGCGAAAGAUAAAGGGUUGCAAAAAGGACUAGAUCGUCUCACCGAGAAUGAAGGAGGAAGUCGCUCUCAAUCUCCAUGGGGUGAGCCUGUCAAGAACCGUGCUGCUCGUAGUGAAACAAAUCCGUUUGACGAGCCACGGAGCGGCAGCGCUUCUCUUGGGGGCUCCCAAGAAGUUGGAUCAGGCGUUGAUGAGCUUGGAUUCGGUGCAUUUGGUAUGACUGCCGGGGUCCCAGGCCUCCGAGAGCUGAUGGGCCGUGGCGAAGGCGCCCCCGAUUCUUCUAGUCAUCUACAUGGUUUGCAUGGCCUAGAACCAACCAGCCCGACAAAUACAAACCCCUAUCAAAGCCCAAGAGGUGAGAAGGUCGACGAUGAUGUGGAUACAGAUGGCUCAGAUGUUCAACGAACUCAGCAUCCGGGCUUAAGCGGGUUACGCGAUGAAGCAGCUGCUGCCUUUGGGCCCAUGCGACGAGCAGGCUCUGGGCUGGAUAAUCCUGUAGGCGAUCGCAGUCAGACUUCCAGUGCCGGGCCCGGUAGAAAUUUUUCGGGUCUGGGCGGCCUCGGUGCUGUACCUGGUCUUGGUGGAGCAGCUGGAUGGCCUUCCGCCGGGGCCAUUGGUACACCUACACGCGAGAGAGCUACAUUCACCGGUUUCAACGAUCCUAUUUUUGGUUCCAUGGCCGAGAUGCAAUCUCCAAGCCUUUCUACUCUUGGUGGAGGUGGUUUCUUCGGAUCUGGUGUUGGAAAUACAGGAAGUAUUGGCCGAACCAGCAAAAUGGGUGCUCUUUUCCCUGCUGCAAUGCAGGAGCAGGUUCAGGGUGACCAAGAUGGAGGUAGGCAACAAGAAUUCAACCCAUCUCCUUCAGCUUCAUCGUCACAGCUCCCUAUCCCUUCCUCAACGAGCGCUUUGCCCACUCCUUUAGCUUCAUUGGCAGAAGGCCCUCAGAGUAGUCAAACUCCGUCGGCCGGAAGCUCUGGUACAAUUCCUACUGCGCAGCAAAGGACUAUGGUCAUGCCAGAUCGUAUGCGUUGGAUAUACCGUGAUCCGCAAGGCAACAUCCAAGGACCGUGGUCGGGUUUGGAAAUGCAUGAUUGGUUCAAGGCGGGCUUUUUCACGGCUGAAUUGCAAGUCAAGAAGCUAGAAGAUCUCGACUUUGAGCCUUUGGCCCAGCUUGUCCGCCGUAUUGGUAACUCGCGCGAGCCAUUCCUUGUACCUCAAAUCGGUAUUCCUCAUGGCCCUGACCCUAGCUCCGGCUCUUGGACUGGAACGGCCCAAGCUGGAGCAGCGCAGCCUCCAUUUGCAAACAGUUUCCCAACUUUCGGAACGACACUAACCGCCGAGCAGCAGAACGCACUGGAAAGAAGGAAACAAGAAGAGCAAUACCUCAUGGCUAGACAAAAGGAACAUCUCGCUCAGCAACAAGCCAUGAUGAAGCAAAUCCAAUUACAAGGCGGACCCCAUAGCAUCCAACCUCAACUUCAGCAUCAUUCCAGUGCCCACAGUCUCCACAGUCAACCCAGCUUUGGAAGCAUUAACUCCCCUGCAGGUGGCUACCAACCUAGCCCUAUUCAUGGUCCUAUCCAGCCUCCACAGACCAUGCCCGGUUACUUCGAUGGGCCCUUCAGACAGAACAAUCUUCCUUUAGGGUCCCAGAUUCUGGGCACCGACUUCGGGAGUCAUGAAGAAUUGCCAGGAUUACUCGAUCGCCUGACCGUCAACCGAUCUGGCCCUUUCCCUCAAGGGUCACUAAGUGGUCGCCAACAGGAAGCUGGCAUAUCUUCACAGCAGAUCAAUUCCAUGCUACAAGACAGAGCGCGUCUCCAACAAGAACAAGAACAGUACGACAUGACCCACCCCGACAGUAUUUUUGAACAGCAAGCCCGCGACGAGCGUCUGCGUCAAUUCCAUGCACUACGUUCCGACGAAGAAGAACUUGGGUUGAGAGGCGGAGAAGGCCUGCCCACCCAUCCGACCGCGACCAUGGCACAGCAGGUUGAACAGACUCAUAUCGGAGCGGAAGACACCUUGUCAGAGAAGGAUCUAGAGUCAGAGACUUCCCUCAACGAACCGCUAUCUCUUUCGCAGCAAGUUCAGAAGGCAGCUACCGCUCAAAGACAACAGCAGAAACAGGCACAGACUGAAGCUGCGUGGACAAAAGGCGAUGUUGGCAUUCCACAUCCAUUCCCCCCUCCACCUUCCGCGUCGCCUCUUCCCGCGCCAGCAGCUCAGCGAAAUCGUCAAAAUGUGGCUGACGCUCUUGCUGCGACUUCUCGAUCGCAGAAUCAGACUCCUGUAGACACUCCAUCUACUUCCAUAGCUCCCUGGGCCAAGGACACCGUUGAUGCUCCCAAGGGACCAUCGUUGAAAGAAAUUCAGGAGGCAGAAGCACGAAGUGCUGCUCAACGUGAGGAGCUUGCAGCGCAGGCUCGUCGUGCUCAGUUUAUAGCUGAACAAGAGCGCCUUAGCCAGGCCCAGCAAACAGCAGCACCAGGAUUGCCUUCGACUGCUAAUUGGGCUAGUGGUGCAUCUCCAGUCACGGCCAGUGCGGCAAGCUCAGUUUGGUCUAAGCCUGUUGCUAAGGUUAGCGGAACCCCUGCCAAAACCCUUUCUCAGAUUCAGAAGGAAGAGGAAGCCCGUAAACAAAAACUCGCACAAAUUAGCACUAUCCAAGCCACCGCGAGCAGCCCUGUUGCAUCGGCUGCUGGGAAGCGGUACGCGGAUCUUGCCAGUAAGGUCGCUGCACCUCCUACUCCUACAGCUGCAGGUGCAUGGACUACUGUCGGCGCUGGAGGCAAAGCCAAAUCACAACCAACUGCACCAGUCACGCCUCGCUCCACCAGUGCUACUGUUUCUGUUCCUCAAGUGGCCAAAGGAAGACCAAUUGCCCCGAUUAGGACUUCCACCGUCAGCGCGACCCCAACUGCUAACCCGAACCGCGCUGCUGAGGAAUUUACGAAAUGGUCCAAGAUUACUCUCGGAAAGGGGCUCAACAGUGGGAUCAAUGUUGACGAUUUCGUUCAGCAAUUGCUACAAUUGCCUGCUGAAGCCGAGAUUAUCUCGGAUUCUGUUUACGCUAAUUCCCAAACCUUGGACGGUCGUCGUUUCGCAGAGGAAUUUAUCCGUCGCCGCAAGCUUGCUGACAAGGGAAUCGUUGAUCCUGUCAGCGCCAGUGCGUUCACAGACCCCAAAGCCUCUUCCGGCGGCUGGAGUGAGGUCGCGAAAAAAUCGUCUACUCAACCCAAACCAGAGGAAGAGGCUAGUGCUACAUUCAAGGUGGUUGCUGGAAAGAAGAAGGGCAAAAGGUAGACUUUUUUGGAUUUAAUUGUUUCCCAUUCAUAAUCAUGACUCCUAUCAUCAAAGUGGAUGACUUGAUGAGGCGAAUGAUGCAUGUGUAUAGUAUGAAAGAAAUUGAAGAGAGAAGAGGGAGGAACAUUUUGUUUAGGUAGCGAGCGUCCACAUCAGUCUUUUUAUUAUCUGUAAAGCUACAUUUUGCAUUGUACAAUUAUACAUUGGUUUUGAAUGCUUCAAAAUGUUCAGCAAUGUUUUUUUAUGCCACCUCAGCUACGCUGCACUACAUAGGUAGCAA